AUGGAUCAGGAUGAGCUUCACAUGAACGUGAGAGACGAUAACGUAAGUGAAGAAACAAAAAAACUCAUCUCUUCACUUCAAACAGACAAAGAUUCUAAAGGGAAGAUCUGCAAGUACCAAGGAUGUUGGUAUUACUACAACACUCUCCAAGGAGUCAUCAAUUUUCAAAAACAUUUCCAGCCGGAAGACACAGAUAUAGUUCUCGCUUCUUUCCCAAAAUCGGGCACAACUUGGCUCAAGGCACUCUCGAUCGCACUCCUGGAGAGAUCUAAACACGAUGAUCCUCUCACUCAUCCUUUCCUGUCCGAUAAUCCUCAUGGCAUAGUACCAUUCUUCGAGAUCGAUAUGUAUCUCAAAAGCUCAACACCGGACCUGACCAAGUUCUCAACAUCAUCUCCGAGGCUGUUUUCGACUCACAUGCCUUUGCACACCGUGAAAGAGGGCCUCAAGGGAUCUCCAUGCAAGAUUGUGUACCUGUGCAGGAACGCAAAGGACUCGUUGAUAUCGCGUUGGUACUUCAGGGGCAAGUACCAAAACAAGGAGGUGACUAGAAGCAUUCUCGAGUCAAUGUUCGAGUCUUUCUGCAGCGGAGCUUGCUUCUAUGGUCCCAUUUGGGAUCAUGCCCUCAGCUAUUGGAGAGGUAGCUUGGAAAACCCUAAUCAUGUCCUUUUCAUGAGGUACGAGGAACUGAAAACAGAGCCUUGUCCUCAGCUGAAGAGGCUUGCCGAGUUCUUGGGUUGUCCUUUCACCAAGGAAGAAGAAGAUGGCGGAUUGGUUGACAAGAUCUUGGACCUGUGUUCUCUCGGUAAUUUGAGCGGUUUGGAGGUCAACAAAACCGGAAAGAAUUGGAUGAACAUGGAUUACAGUAACUUUUUCCGCAAAGGAGAAGUUGGUGACUGGAAGAAUUAUCUAACUCCCGAAAUGGAGAAGAAACUCGACAUGAUCAUUGAGGAUAAAUUAAAAGGUUCGGGUUUGAGGUUCUAG